AUGUCUACCUUCAUCGGCGAUGAAACUGCUCCCUUCUUCGGCGAUGAAACUGCUCCCUUCUUCGGCUUCCUUGGCGCUGCCGCCGCCCUCGUCUUCUCCUGUAUGGGAGCUGCUUACGGGACUGCAAAGAGUGGUGUUGGUGUGGCUUCAAUGGGAGUGAUGAGACCUGAGUUGGUGAUGAAGUCUAUUUUACCUGUGGUUAUGGCUGGUGUGUUGGGUAUUUAUGGACUCAUUAUUGCUGUUAUCAUCAGUACUGGUAUCAACCCAAAGGCUAAGUCUUACUACCUCUUUGAUGGAUACACACACCUCUCCUCUGGUCUUGCUUGUGGUCUUGUUGGUCUUCUGCUGGUAUGGCCAUUGGAAUCGUGGGUGAUGCUGGAGUCAGGCAUCAUAUUAUCUUCUCGAGCUGGUCAGUCCAGAGCAGAAUGA